AACUGUGGAUAGAACGGGGCAGCGACGAGAAGGAACCGGCCGGCAAGCAGAGGGAUCGACGAGUACCCGGCAUACGUUUGUGUGGUGCGCGCUGUCUUCGAGAGAUAGGCUUCCAGUGUCGCUCGAGAACUUGUUCGUCGACGUUUGUUUCCUUGCUCGCUCGUACAAAACGUUUUCUCGUUUUCAUUAAAAUCGGUUGGACUUGUGAAAAAUAAUCAAAAUGACGAUGGCAACGGAAACAGAAAAUACUGGGCCAGAAAGCAAAGAGAUAAAAGAUGUGAAAGAGAUGAAAGAAGCAUUGAAGGACGAAACGCCGCCGGACAAUAAGCAGGAGGAGAAAGAUGCGGCGAAAAAGGAAGAAAAUAAAAAAGAAGAGACCGCUGACGCCGCGGCCGCUACGCCAUCCUCGGCACCGACCAAAGCUAUCAGCGUGCAUAAAACCAACUUCGAGAAGGAUGUUGUUUAUCUAUAUCAGUUCUCCCGAAUACCUCUUUUGCCAUCCAUCUCACCUUAUUGUCUCAAGGUGGAAACAUGGUUGCGACUCAAUGGUAUUAAAUAUGAGAACGUGGACCAUAAGAUGAAAUUCCGUUCCAAGAAAGGCGCGUUACCAUUUGUCGAGCUAAAUGGUGAGGAAAUUGCGGAUAGCACGAUUAUCCUUCGCGAGCUUAGCCAGAAAUUUGGUAAAGAUCUGGACGCCGUUCUUACGUGUGAGCAACGAAGCGUAUCCCACGCAAUGAUAUCGAUGAUUGAAAACCACUUAGUCUGGGUGGUCAUGUGCUGGCGAACUAAGAAUCUUGAUCAGGUUUUUAAGGGUUACAAGGUGAAUCUUCAGCACGUGCUGGGUACUCGUAUCCCCAAUGGCAUUCUCAAUUUCUUUUUCAAACUCACGGUCGGUCGUAAGGGCGCAAAGAAAGUGAAGGCGCAGGGUAUGGGUGUACAUACUCCAGAAGAGGUGUCCCAAUUCGGUUGCGCCGAUCUUAAAGUUCUUUCUGACAUGCUUGCAGACAAGCCUUUCUUCUUUGGAGACGAACCGACUACGUUGGACGUUGUAGCAUUUGCACAUCUUGCCCAAAUUCUCUAUAUCGAUAAAGACACACCAUACAGUCUGCGAGACUAUAUGCAGGAGAAUUGUCCAAACUUGGUGGGACACUGUUCACGCAUGAAGGAACGAUGCUUCCCGGAUUGGGAUGAGAUUUGCUCUACUCUUGAUAUGAAUACUCAUCUACCGAAACCAGAAAAACAGGAGGAGAAGGAGGGCAAGGAAGAUGCAAAGGAAUCGAAGGAAUCAAAGGAAGAAAAAGAGGGUGAUAAAGAAAAGGCGGAUAAAGAAGAGAAAGAAUUGGAGAAAGACAAAGAAGUUGAUGAAAACAAAGAAAAGGAAAAAGAAGGGAAAUAAGUUCUCUUGAAAGACAAAUAAGUCGUUCAGAGAAAGGGAAAAAAAAAGAUUUAAAAUUUGAGAAAAGAAAAUUGAGGGUGUGAUCUGGUAAGAUAUAGAAAAUCUUAGGGGGGAUGGGGGUUGAAAAAGGAAAAAGAAUGAAGAUGGAAGAAAGAAUGCGCGUGUGUAUGUAUGUGUGAAUGUAUUUCGUACGAAUGUUGACAGAAAGAAAUAGAAAAUGAAAGAGAGAGAGGGAGGGAGGAGGAGAGAGGAAGAGGUAUUAGAGAGGAUGAGUGAUAAGAAAGAAGUUAAAAUGUGUGUGAAAGAGCAAACGAGAGAAAUUCGACGUGUGAAAAGAAAGAGGGGUAGGGGGAUUUCAGGUUUAGAGCUCUCUACUUAUACGUAUAGAUAUUAAUAGACUCAUAAUGUUAAAUACUUCGUUUAUAUACGUUCGUAACACGUUAUUACGCCAUUUCUCAUCGACACCCCAGCACACCCGAAUCGAAUAACAAACUUUAUUAUUAUAUUUGACCCAGGGCCCUUUUCCCCCCCUACGAAAAAUAAUACAAGAAAAAUUAAGGAAUGAUAACAGAAUGGGGCUAUCUUAUAAGUCAUUAGAAUAUCGUAGGUUUGCAAUAUAUCAAAUGCAAUAGCCUGACACAUUCAGGUUUGUGAAAGAUCUUCUUCAAUGAAUAGUGGCCAAAAUGAAUGUAUCGUACCGUUGUGCAAAUAGACGUAAACCAUGAUAUGAUUUAUACGAUGCAAUUUAAUGUGAAGAAGCGAAAUCAUUUAUGGUUACGAUAUACGACGUUAGAUAGCGCCCCUGAUACUGAUUCAGGGAGAAGGCGUCUUGCGGUCGCUUCAUACAGCAUUGGCUCUUACUGUGCAAAAUGAGUUACGUACCUAGCGUUUCAGCAACGUACCGUAUAUCACAUUGUGAUCUUCGUUUGAUCGUUUGCUUCUUAGUUAUAUGUGUAUAUGUCGCAUUUUUAUAAUCACUGUACGGUAUUUUUAUGAUUUUUUAUUUUUUUUAUCAUUUUUUUUUUUAUAUAAUUCAAAAUCCAUUCAAAUCACUUUUCAGAGUAUGAUGUCAUAAAUUGCUUUCUAAUGCAUUUGAAUACUCAAAUGAUUUCUGCAAAAAUCGUUUUUUAUGCAACGAUAAUCAGAAGAUUGAAUAUUAAAUUUUCAAAUGCAUUAGAAAGAGACUGUUUUUGUGGUGACUGUUUUUAAUUUUGACUUGUUAUAUAUUUUUUUUAUAUGAUUUGUCUCAAAUAGAAACCAAUUUUCUAACGCGCGUGCGUCAAGUUAUGUAAUUUUUUACGAUUCAUUGACAAUGUCCCUCCGACGAACGAAGUAUCAUUUGCGAUUACGGAUCGGCGGUAAAUGAUGAUAUUUACGAUGAUUUGUAUAUUAUUAGAGAUAUUUGUAUUACAUACAUGCGGAUAUAAUCCAAGUGAUUGUGCCGCUGGAAGCGGAAAUGGCAUUGUCACCGCGUUCUGAAGUCAUUCGGACGCUUUGUUUCUUCUUUUUCUUUCAUCAAAUAAAAAAAAAAAAAAAAAAUAUGAAUAAAAAUAAACUAGAAAAGAGGCACAGGCAAACAUCGAUCUCUUCUGUCUGGGUUUCCUUUCGAUAUUCAAAUGAAAUAAAAAUAAAAAAGAAAAAGAAAAACGAACGAAACGCUGUGCUGCCCCCGUGUGUUAGUUCAACUUUAUUAGAUGACUUUUUUCUUCGGAUGUGUGAGAAAAAAUUUUACAUAACGAAGUAAAAAAAAAAAAAAAAAA